AUGACCGCAAAGGUACCACAAGCAGAAACCUUCUUCGAUUGCCUUUCCACCAAAGAGAGGACAGGGGUGCGCUGUCUGCGGUUGACGCAUUUUCUUCUCGCGCGCGCCGGCCUCUUCCAGUCAAUUUGUCUCAUGUUCUGGCUGGCCGAACGCGCUGCUCGGGAAAAGGAGCCCCCAAUUCAUCCGUGGAUCAUCUAUGGUCAUGUGAAUGUGUCUGACCGCCAGUCGCGUGUUAUAACCGUGACUGAUGCUCGCACGUCGGUCGAUUGUCCCGUUGCACAUCUUCUCAAGUCUGACGACCUGGGGAUCCAGCGUCGAAAACUUACUGAAUAA